ACAAACUCCUGCCUGCACUUUUCAGAGCUACUCCCCCUCCUGAAGCAGCACAGACGUGCAGUCUUUCUCCGCAGAGUGGGGACUCAAAAGAGAGCUCAACACAGGACAGAAAGGGGUAAAAAAAAAAUACAAAUAAAGUACAGACCGCAAUGGGGACGAGCUGAACCGCAGAGAGAGAAAAAGAGGACGGUGGCUUAAAUUUGUGUUGUGAACGAUAUGCGGGAGAAGCACACGACCGUUUAGCUCGCAACGGUCCGCGGCGGUGAUUUUAACAUAAAAAACAACCGUUAACGACCAACGGUCGGAAGUACCUGAAUACCUGCAGUGUGUUUCGCAGUGACGUUAGCCUCGGCUCGGUGCGAACAGCACUGACAUUGAGAGACACAGAAGGGGGACAGAAACCACUGCAAGACGGGACGGGAGAAAGUUUCUCAAGCUUGGCGCACACACAGCGGUUUAAACAAUGCGGCUGACCCCGACAAAGUCCCUUUCAUCGGCAGCCCUGCUAAUGCUGCUGGUCGUCCGCUGGUCCGACAGCAUUUCACUGUCUCCCCAAGAGGCGAACCAGUUUCUGAGCAGACACAGGAGAGCGAAUCAAGUUUUCGAGGAGACGAAGCAAGGACACUUGGAGAGGGAGUGUGUGGAGGAAAAGUGCACCAAAGAGGAGGCCAGAGAAGUGUUUGAAAACGACCCGGAGACGGACUACUUCUAUCCCAAAUAUUUAGCCUGCAUGGAGAAGUUUGGAGAUGCUGAAAAGAAGAAACAGGAUCUGGUUACGUGUGUCCACAAUAUUCCAGACCAGUGCUCUCCGUCUCCCUGUAACGCCAGAGGUACAGUCCGCUGCGAGGACAAAAAGGGCGACUUCCACUGUCACUGUUUCACAGGCUGGACCGGAGCCAGAUGUGAGAAAGAUGUCAACGAGUGCAGCAGUAAUAAUGGAGGGUGUAACCAGGAGUGCAACAACACUAUGGGUAGUUACCGCUGCUCCUGUCACCAAGGCUACAUGUUGGUAGGACGCCACAUGUGUAAUGAUGUGAAUGAGUGUAAGGACCCAGGUGUGUGUGGAACAGCACGCUGUCAGAAUAAGGAGGGCAGCUACGAUUGCUUGUGUGAUAUCGGCUACAUCUACGACAAUGAAACCAAGAGCUGUCUUGAUGUGGAUGAGUGUGAGACAGGUGUGUGUGCAGAGGAGUGUUUGAACACUCCUGGGAGUUUCCGUUGCUUCUGUGAUGGUCGUCAGGGCAUGAAGCUGGGCCAGGACCUCAGGAGCUGUAAGCCUUUAACUCCCUGUAUGUCGCCAUCCCUGAAGAGGAACUCUCGUUCUCUCUACCUGGGCCGCAUGUUCAGCGGCGUGCCAGUGGUGAGGCUGCGUUUCCGUAGGAGGAUUCAAACUGGCUUUUCGGCAGAGUUUGACUUUCGCACCUACGAUCCUGAGGGUGUGAUCUUCUUUGCCGGAGGUCACCUAAACAGCUCGUGGAUUGUGCUCGCAAUGCACCAUGGAAAGCUGGAACUGCAGCUGAAGUACGGCACUGUCAGCAGGGUCACCAGCAGUGGACCCAUCGUCAAUGACGGCCAGUGGAGAAAGAUCUCAGUGGAGGAGCAGGGGCGGAGUCUAGUCAUUAAGAUUGACAGGGAGGCCGUCAUGAAGAUCGCAGUAAACGGUGACCUGUUCACGCUAAAGAAGGGCAUGCAUGAGCUCAACCUCACUGUGGGAGGAGUCCCUUUCAGAGAGGACGGCCUCGUCAAUCAGGUGAACCCCCGUCUGGAUGGCUGUAUGAAGGAGUGGAGGUGGUUGACGGGUGAAGAUACAUCCAUACAAGAAACCAUUCGGUCCAACGACAACAUGCAGUGCUUCAGCACAGUGGAUCCUGGAGCAUAUUACCCCGGCACAGGCUUCGCUCUCUUCAACAUCAGCUAUGAAUCACAGAACCUGAGCGUCCGGUUGACCCUGCGUCCAACGUCUGCAAUCGGAGUGCUGUUUGCACUCGUUCACCAGGACAGAGUCCCUCUCGCUAUCGCUCUGGCCGACUAUCAUCCUGACACCGAUGAAUGGCGAGAUUUUGUUCUGGUAUCUGUAGGUGAUGUCAUCAUCGCCAGCUCUCCUGCUCCUCUGUGUGAUGGUGAGAGUCAUGAAAUCCAGGUGAAGAUCUCAGGCAACCAGACCCUGCUGCUGGUCGAUGGCCAGUCUGGACGUAGUGAAGACGUCGAAGUUCCUUUUGACCUCCUGUCACAGUCCAGCACCUUUAUAGGAGGCCUCCCUGACGUUCCUCUGGUGUCCACUCUGGUGUCGGCGCACUAUAGCGGCUGUAUGGAGGUCAGUGUUAACGGACGGCCUGUGGACUUGGACCAGGCCAUCCACAAACACAACGACAUCCACUCACACUCCUGCCCCCUGCUGGAUUCUCACCAGUGACCAGCGCAUCAGUCUGCCAAAACUGAUCCAUACGCAGUUCAUUCAGGCAAUGGGGAUGAUUUCCAAUAUAUUUAUAAAAGCUUUGACCAGUGGGGAGAUGUUUUAGAUUGGAAUGUAAAAACAAAAGAAAACAACUGGACCAGGUAUCGUGGUGCAGCUGGAGCCUUAGCCCAGGAUCACCCUGUCCUUUUACUGUGAUGACACUGCUGCCUAGAGGCAUUUGCAGGGAAUUUCACAGUAUUCUCAGUAAAAUGACUCAGUAAGGUAGUUAGUCAGCCAAUGAACAACAUCUGUACUAGGCAGAAGAUAUGGGAAUAAAUGCUGCACAACAUUGCCUCAAAAACUGCCCAUGUGUCACCGCCUUGUAAGCCCACAAGAACACACAGGGCCUUAUCUAGAUCAAUGUCAAAUGGUUGGUCUUGGGUCAGCCUACUACGCCUGGCAUCCUGUGCUUAAAUGCAGAUCUGACUGGAACUUUGUAGGCAGACUGACUCUUCGCUGCAGCAACUCAGCUGUUAGAGCUUUGGUCAUGUUGCUUACAUCCAGUUCACCUAAGGCCCACGUUCACAAAGCUUGAAAUAAUCAAGUGCUAAUGUAGAAUCAGAUGAAAUGGGGGGGGGAAAUGGGGACCAGAUAAAUAGUCCUACAUCAGCUACCCACUCAGAGAAAAUGUGUGAACUUUAAUGAGUGUUUGACAAUGACUUAGGGGUUGAUUGGGGACUAAAUUAAUCUUUUUUGCCCCUAAUUAGCUGAAUCUCGUCCUUCACCACAGCAGGGAGGCGUGCUAUUAGGCACAACUUUGUGUUCUGUAGAAACCCUUGCACAUUGUUGCAGGUAGAAAUGAACUGCGUGUGAAGCCAUUUUUUUGAUUUCCUCUCGACUAAAAGCAGCACUUCAUGUCUGCCUGCAACCUUAAAAAUCAACCAUGUGCCUCCAAAGAACAACCGACCCAAACAUCACAACAGCUUCCCUCCAAACAGGUGAAUAAUUUCACAAAGGUGCAGUACUGUAACACAAAAACAGAGCUAACGCUUCUCCUAAUGAAAUGUUGUCCUCAUUGCAGUUAAUACACUAUGCAUUUCCACCUGUGCAUUUUAGAGUAUUACAAUCUUUUAAAGAACUAACACCCUGAUUCUCAAUAAUCUUCCAUCACUGACAUUGUCACAAAGGCCCCUUCUUUCCCUCAGAAUUACCCACUAACUCUUUAAUACCUGCCAUAUACCAAUCUGAGGAUGAUAGAUUAGCCACAGAAGCACAGGGAGACAGGAAGGGGCCCUCUCCAUGAAGGAGAGAGAGUGAGCACUGCAUCGAACGCACCACACAAGCUACUGAGAGUAAAAAGAGUGCGCUGUAAUAUACUGAAUAUGUAAAUAACGUGACUGUACAAUGCUUUAUAAAAGACAGAAAACAAACACUACCUUAUGCUCACUGAGGUUUUCUGCACAUUUAAAUUGAUCCAAAGUCAAACUAAUCUGAGUCUCUCAAUUCUUCUGCUUCCUAUAAAAAGGUUUGAGCAACAAAUACACAAUUAUUUUCUUGAAAUAGGAAGUGGGAGACUGGGAGAGAUGUAGCCAGGGAUCCAAGUAUCGUAAAAAAUCUUUAGGGACUCAGUUUUUAAUUUGAUUUUAUAGGUGCUGAGCAAACACAAGAAAAACAAAGAAUGUCAGAGGAGCAUUGUGAUUGAGAAUGCCAAAAGGGCUCCAGUGUUAUUUUACUUCCCUCUGUAAUGUAUCAUUUUCUAGUUUUCUGAUGAAUGAAUGCCAGAAUAUAGAGCUUGACGAGUAUUGUUAUUUUUAUCAUGUGUUGUAUAUUGAACUUGUCUUUAGUUUUUAUUUUUCACUUUAACUGCCAGUAUGUGUACUAUGCUGAGAGAAGUCUGCCUUUUGAGUUUUAACUUCCCUCAAUGGUGAAAAUCCUAUUUAAAAAAAAAACAAAAAUAAAAGCAGUUGUAUGAACAUCAAAGAGUAAAAUUGUAUUUUCAAAAAACGCAUUUGUUUGCUGUGUGGUUAUGUUAAAGAUAAACGUUUCCUGCUCCAUGUGUGACAUGUUGUUAAUGUUGUAAACUCAAGGUUUAUUUAAUGUCCCAAUAACCCAGCUUUCAACUGUAUCUCAUGCCCUUCUUCAGCAAAAAGAUGCCUUGUUUUGUAGACGUAUUUUUGAUAGACAAAUGCAUUGCAUUUCCCACAAUAAAAGCUGGCCUGUAUUUUGCCAGUUGACUGCUUUUAAUUUGAACUAGCAGCAGAAGGAAAUGUUGAGGUUUGCAUUAGCAGUAACUUAAUAUACAGCUUGCACACGCUGUAAAGGUAAACAGUGAUGCUACUAUUAAUGAGAUCAUAUUUUUGUAAGUAAUAAUAAUGACUUAUGUGUAUAUUAUUUGUAUUCAUAGGCUAUUUGAAUCCAGGAAUGACAGACUCCGCCACUAACAAUGCUACUAUAUAGAGAUGCAUUACAGAAUGUAAAAACCUUGAAUUGCUAUUGCUGAAAAAAAAAAAUGCUGACCCUAAUAGUAUGAAAACGGUUUGAUUUGGUUAAUACCUUUUAAGUAAGUGUCUGUAAGUGGUGUUUGAUUAAAGAUGUGUGCGUGGUUA